AUGGAGAUGGAUACGGUAAACCACAUCGAAUUGACGAUUCAUCCAUCUCAGGUCCGACCGACUUUACGAGCCCUCCUAUACUCUAUAUUUUUUCAUAGGAAUUUAGAUGCGAUCGAACCUGAAGAUUUCGAAUUACUAGAUUCUCACAUCGCAAUAUCAUCCAACCAUACUAUUGAGAGAGAGGUGAACGUGAAGAUAGAAGAGUUCGCUAGAGAAUAUCUGGAAGAUCCACGAAAGACCUAUGGGGAGAUAGCUGUGGUGUUCUUGCAGAAGAAACCUAAGAAAGGAUGGUUUGCUAUAACUGAGGAGCUCAUACCAUGGGAAGAACAUCUCAUAACUUUACGUUUCGAUAGAUCAUCUACCUCAAAUCAACCAUUGCAUAACGCUUUAUUACAGAUCUUGACGUUUUGCGCCGAGAAGAAAGGCAAUGUACCUCCAUUAGUUGGAAGCUCAGAAAACAGUAAUACAUCUCAUCAAGUUUUAAUAUCCCCGCCAUCACCUACCGAGCUAUUCUCCCCUUCUCCACCUACUUACCCUGCUCGACUCACCUCCCCUCCCCCUCAACCACUCACCAACACCACACCAGCCACCGCAACCGCACGAGAUAUAACCCCUGUCAACCCCUCGGGAGGAGAUGUGAGUAUAGGAAGUACACGAAGAGGAGUAUCACCAGCAACAGGUACGUUUGGGUACCUGGAACAGGCCAAAGAUGGUCUGAGGGCUGUAGGUGCGGGUGUAGGGUGGGGAGGGAGAGCUAUUGGAGGUGCGUUUGGCAGAGGGGGAGGAUGA